CACAUAUAAUCAGUUUCACAAGAUCGUACUACAGAUCAAGUUCACAGCCGACUUGAGUUGCCGGUCACCCAUUCCCCCCUUACCCACCCCACACCGAUCCUCUAACCCUUGUCUUGCCCAGAAAGAAACACAAACCAAACCAAACCCACCCCUCUCCUCUCUCUCUCUCUAUACACACACACACCCCCAAAUACACACACAACCACCGGUACAAAUGCAUCGCUACAACGCCUGGCUUCCGCCACCAGUCGCCGACGCCACCAAAAAGGAGAAACAAUCAUUCGCCGGUGUCGUUUCUUCCGUCAAAGAAUCCUAUUCUACCGAUGAUCCUGAAUCUGUCUACUCCACUCUCAAAUGGAUCUCAGUCAUUGACCUAUUCAUAAAGGCGAAAAGUGAAGUAUCAUUGGAAGACGUUGUGGCUCUAGUGGAAUUUGGACUGCAAGUGUUCAAUGCUUCACAAGACAAACUUUAUGCUCAGGUGAGAUGGGGAAAUGUUCUUGUGAGAUUGCUGAAUAAAUUCCGCAAGAAGUUGACUUUGAGAGUUGACUGGCGCCCGUUUUACGAUACUUUGGUUCAAACACACUUUACAAGGAAUACGGGACCCGAGGGAUGGAGGAUAAGGCAAAGACAUUUUGAAACAGUCACUUCGCUUGUUCGUUCCUGCAGACGAUUUUUCCCACCAGGUUCGGCUCAUGAGAUAUGGUCUGAAUUUAGGUCUCUACUUGAAAAUCCAUGGCAUAACUCGGCUUUUGAAGGUUCUGGAUUUGUGAGACUCUUCCUUCCUACAAACGUAGAUAACGAGGACUUUUAUUCACGUGAGUGGAUCAACGAGUGUAUUUAUCAAUGGGAUUCUAUACCAAACUGUCAGUUUUGGAACAGCCAAUGGGCAGCUAUUAUGGCCCGUGUUAUAAAGAACUACAAAGUCAAGAACUGGGAGGAUCUUUUACCUGAAUUAUUCAGUCGAUUCCUCAACAUGUUUGAGGUGCCUGUGGCAAGUGGGGGUGGAUCAUACCCUUUUACUAUUGAUGUCCCGAGAAAUACAAGGUUCUUGUUCACCAAUAGAUCACAAACUCCAGCUAAAGCCAUGUCAAAAUCAAUUGUUUAUUUACUAAAGCCCGGUAGCUUGGCUCAACAACACUUUGACAAAUUGGUCAAUCUCUUAGAACAAUAUUACCAUCCUUCUAAUGGUGGUCGUUGGACUUACUCACUAGAGAGAUUUUUGUUUCACUUGGUUUAUACAUUCAGAAAACGUUUACAACGAGAAAAAGAGAAUCCAGAUAGCAACGAACAGAUAAAGCUAUGUUUAGGGCAAUCAGAAAGGGAAUCUUUUGUGAGAACUGUUUUGAAGCUAAUCGAUCGUGGCCAAUACAGCAAAAACGAACACCUUUCUGAAACGGUUGCUGCUGCAACUUCUAUUUUAUCUUAUGUGGAGCCCUCAUUGGUCCUCCCCUUUUUGGUGUCUCGGUUCCAUAUGGCUUUAGAAACGAUGACAGCAACACAUCAAUUGAAGACAGCUGUAACAUCGGUGGCCUUUUCUGGACGAUCGUUAUUCUAUAUGUCUUUAUCUGCUUCAUCAAUGGAAACAGACGACGUUAAUGAUGCUGAUAUGUUCCGUGAUCUUUUGAUGGUAUCUUUGACCAAUGCAUUGCUUGGGAUGGAUGCCAACGAUCCACCCAAAACCCUAGCAACUAUGCAACUCAUUGCCUCCAUAUUUUCCAAUAUGAGAACAUUGGAUGAUGACACAGAUAAUUUGUCAUUCAUGCCUGCGGAACGGUUCUCGGAAUGGCUUGAUGAGUUUCUAUGCCGCCUUUUCUCAUUGUUACAACACUUGGAACCUAGUAGUGUUUUAAAUGAAGAUGUUCAUUCACCCGCAACAUCUGGAACAUUCUUAGUUGAAGAUGGUCCUCAGUACUUCUGCAUGUUGGAAAUAUUGUUCGGAAGACUUUCAAGAUCCUUGUACAACCAGGCUAUUAAAAAAGUCUCGAAAUUCGUGCGGACAAAUAUUCUACCUGGAGCGAUAGCUGAAGUUGGGCUGCUAUGCUGUGCUUGCAUUCAUUCAAAUCCAGAACUGGCCGUUAAUCAACUUGUUGAACCGCUUUUAUCUUCGGUUAUAUCAUCUUUGAAAGGAAUCCCUCUCACAGGUUUUGGGGGAAGUGGAAAUUUCACUGGCCAAUCUUUGAACAAGGCAAGAGCUACACUUUCUCCAGCCCUAGAAACAUCGAUUGAUUACCAAUUAAAGGUGUUGUCGAUUGCAAUCAGCUAUGGUGGCCCGUCACUUCUUCAUUACAAGGACCAGUUUAAGGAGGCUAUACAUUCUGCCUUUGAAUCUCCAUCUUGGAAGGUUAACAUAGCUGGUGAUCAAGUCCUUCGGUCCCUACUUGGAAGUCUGGUUCUCUAUUAUCCUGUUGAUCAGUACAGGUCUGUUUCAAACCAUUCUUCAUUGACCCUACUGGAGGAAUGGAUUAGUAAUAAAGAUUUUUCAAAUGAUCAACCAUCUAUGGGCCCCACGUGGCACAUCCCCAGCGAUGAAGAAAUUCAAUUUGCUAAUGAACUGUUAAACCUGCAUUUGGAAUCAGCUUUGGACGAGCUUCUGAAAAUAUGUCAAGAUAAUAUUCACUCGGAUCCAGGAAAUGAAAAGGACCACUUGAAAGUGACUCUUUUGCGAAUUGAUUCUUCAUUACAAGGUGUUUUGUCAUGUUUGCCUGAUUUUAUACCGUCUUUUAAAAAUGGGAAAGUGGAAAAUCCGCCUUUUUUGAUUGCUGGAGCAACGGGUUCAAUUGUUGGUAGCACUGGAUUGCGUGAAAAGGCUGCUAAUAUUAUCCACGUCGCCUCCAAAUACUUGCUUGAGAAAAAAUCAGAUGACAGCAUUCUUUUAUUACUCCUUAUUCGUGUUAUUGAGGCUUUGGGGAACUAUGGAAGUUCUGAAUAUGAAGAGUGGACUAACCAUAGGCAGGCAUGGAAAUUAGAAUCAGUUGCCAUUAUGGAACCUCCGGUUAACUUUAUCGUGCCAUCUCAAUCUAAAGGAAAGAAAAGGCCAAGGUGGGCUCUCAUUGACAAAGCAUACAUGCACAAUACAUGGAGAACUUCACAAUCAUCGUAUCAUUUGUAUCGUACAAGUAAAAACGUAUCUCCUUCAGACAAUGUGAAUCUUCUGAUGGAUGAUCUUCUUAAUCUAUGUGUGCAUAGCUAUGAUGCCGUUCGGACGCUUGCUGGGAGAUCACUUGUGAAAAUGAUUAAACGAUGGCCAUCUUUAAUUGCAAAGUGUGUGCUUACACUCACUGAGAACCUGAGAACCCCGAGCUCACCGGAAUUUUUGGUUUUGGGUUCAUGUGCCGUUCUUGGAACUCAAACUGUUCUCAAGCAUCUCACUUUGGAACCCAAAUCUUUCUCAUCUUUUCUUCUUGGAAUCCUUUUGAGUUCUCAGCAUGAAUCCUUGAAAUCUCAGAAAGCUAUCAAUGAGCUUUUUGUCAAAUACAACAUCUAUUUUGCGGGGAUCUCUAGAAAGAUGUUCAGGAAGUCUGAGGCUGAGGGCAAUUCUGGGACAGACUUUGCAGCUUUGGUUUCUGAGAUAGGUUCUAUGAGUUUCGAGUCAACUAACUUACAUUGGAGGUAUAACUUGAUGGCCAACAGGGUUCUACUAUUGUUGGCUAUGUCAUCUAGAAAUGAACCCACUAUGUCACCAAAGAUUCUUAACGAAGCUGCCGGUCAUUUCCUAAAGAAUUUGAAAAGUCAGCUUCCACAGACAAGAAUACUAGCAAUCUCGGCUCUAAAUAUGUUGCUAAAAGAAUCACCUUACAAAUUAUCAGCAGAACAACAACCCAUUUCCGCAGAAAACUCACAAGAAAACACCAAAUCAUCUCUCGAAGGCACUUUAAGUAAUAUAUUUCAAGAAGAAGGAUUCUUUAGCGACACUUUCGACAGCCUUUCAAACAUCCAUAUUAUAAGCGACAACGAAAACUCUUCCAGGGGCGGUCAUGGAAAUUCUUCAUUUCAAAGUUUAGCAGAUAAGUCAAUCACCCGUUUCUACUUUGACUUUUCAUCUUCAUGGCCUCGUACACCCACUUGGAUUUCCUUAUUCGGAACCGACACUUUUUAUUCAAGUUUCGCUCGCAUAUUUAAACGUUUAGUUCAAGAGUGUGGUGUCCCGGUUUUACUGUCGUUGAAGACUGCGUUAAACGAGUUUGUAAAUGCCAAAGAGAGAUCCAAACAGUGUGUUGCUGCUGAAGCUUUUGCGGGCUUGUUGCAUGCUGAUGUUGUUGGGCUUGUGGAGGCCUGGGAUAGCUGGAUGAUGGCCCAAUUGCAGAAUAUACUUCUUGCACCAUCAGUCGAGUCAAUUCCUGAGUGGGCUGCUUGUAUACGGUAUGCAGUUACUGGGAAGGGUAAAUAUGGAAUAAAAGUACCGCUUUUAAGGCAACGGAUUUUGGAUUGUUUGGUUGAGCCGUUACCCCAGACUGUAACCACAACAGUUGUUGCCAAACGCUACUCGUUUCUUUCUGCUGCUUUAAUUGAGGUAUCGCCCCCGAGGAUGCCGUUAUCGGAAAUUCAGCUUCAUUAUAAACUAUUACAGGAAUUGCUGGAUAACAUGAGUCAUCCUACUGCCCAUGUUAGGGAAGCAAUUGCAAUUGCACUAUCUGUGCUGUGCUCAAAUAUACGACUACAUGUAUCCAUUAAUAAAGAUUCUUCAUUUGAGAACGGGAAAAAUAUUAUAAACGGAAAGAACGCAGAUAGUUGGGAUCGGCUUUUACAAGAACGGGCAUCUGAACUAGUGGUGGCAAUUCAGAAUGCAAAUCCUUCUGACAGUUUAGAAAAUUUAGCAGAGACAAACGCACUCUCAGGGUCAGAUAGUAGUAGUAGUUCGCCAGAUGAUGUUCAGUGGAUGGAAACGCUGUUCCAUUUUGUUAUCUCGUUAAUGAAGUCUGGAAGAUCUGCGUUCUUAGUGGAUGUUCUUGUGGGGUUUUUAUACCCUGUGAUCUCAUUACAGGAAACGUCGAAUAAAGAUUUAUCAAUGCUGGCCAAGGCAGCUUUUGAGUUGUUGAAAUGGAGAAUAUUCACGGACGAUCAUCUUAGAAAAGCAGUAUCUGUUCUUUUAUCUUCAGCAGAAGAUCCCAACUGGCGGACCAGAUCUGCAACCUUGACUUUUCUAAGGAGCUUUAUGUACAGGCACACAUUCAUUCUCUCCAAUGAUGAGAAACAGAAAAUCUGGAAAACAGUUGAGAAGCUACUUACAGAUAACCAAGUGGAGGUAAGGGAACAUGCAGCAGCGGUUUUAGCUGGCCUAAUGAAAGGUGAGGAUGGAGAAUUAUCAAAGGACUUCCGUGAAAGAGCUUACACCGAGGCUAUGAAGCUUCAAAAAAGACGAAAACAAAGAAGCUCAAGUGGUGGUUCUUCUGUUGCUUCCAUACAUGGCCGUGUUCUUGCUCUCGCUGCUUGUGUGUUGUCGGUUCCUUAUGAUAUGCCCAGUUGGUUGCCUGAGCAUGCCACCUUAUUGGCACGUUUUGUCGGUGAGCCAUCACCAGUAAAAUCAACCGUUACAAAGGCAGUUGCGGAGUUCCGCCGGACCCAUGCAGAUACUUGGAGUGUUCAGAAAGAUUCAUUCACUGAAGAACAACUUGAGGUGUUGGCAGAUACAUCGUCUUCAUCAUCUUAUUUUGCUUGAUUAAAUAUUGUAUUCUAAUUCUCAUGUCAGAGUGGGGAACAAAUAGAUGAACGAGCAGAACGACAUUAAAGUAAAAUUUGGUAAUUAGUCUGCUGAUAGAAACUGUAGUUAUUCUCUUAGAAUAUUAUAAUUUUUCUUAAUGGCAUAUAAGAUAAAAUAAGCUGUGCUUAAUUA